AGGUACGGCGGCUGGGAGCUGGAGCCACGCGGCAGCGGGUUGAAGAUGAGGUCGACGAGCCCUGCAGUCACGGCGAUGUCGAUCUGCGUCCGGCGCGGCAGUUUGGUGAAAUGCGAGCAGGGGAGGGUAUUGAGAAUGAAGGAGUCCUGGCGGGCGGAGAGGUCGCAAUGUGCGAUACGAAGCCACUCGCGCGUGACGUCCAUGCAGAGCCAGCCGCUUUCCUUGCUCUCGUGGAACGUCUUCACCGUAUGAUAUCGCCGAUCGUCUGGAAGACACCCGAGGGGUCAAACAAGCCGUGGUCUAUCUCCUGCUGGAUCAAGUCUGCAUCCAGCACGCUCCGGAGGAGGGCCACAUGUGCUACAUUCUGCUGAUACUGUGGAUGCAGCGCGGUCGGCUGCACGCACAGGCCGGUCGUCUUGGAUAUGACCGGCUGAAUGAUCGACACGAGCACCUCGAGGAGCUCGAGCAGCAGCAGGCGGAUGCGCGACGGCGUGCGGACGGUGCAGCGGUUGUCAUUCGCGAACGCACAGAUAGGGCGGCCGGUCGGGAGGGGCAGCGAGCUGCAGAUGCACAUACGCUCGCAUGGUCGUCCGUGGGCGUCGACGGUGAAGCUGGUACAGCCACACUCGAGCUCGCGCACGAUCGCAAUACAGUGGUUCUCCGCAGCCACGGUGACGCUCUGCGAGCGUGCGCCGGGCCGGGGGGGGCGAGAAAAGGACGCGGCGGAGGACGCGCGCGAGCGGAGGCCGAGCUGCUUUUGCGCCAUGACGAUGCCGACGGAGGUGAGCCCAUUGUGCAGGGAGGACAAAUCAUACCUAGCCGGACUGGUCUGUGCACGCCGGUCAGGUCAGUGCGCGUGAAGGAGGCAAAGACGCAGCGAACCGCUGGACAUCGGACUAGAAGAGUGAGCGCAGUGGGGGUGUCACUGUGUGCAUCCAUGGAGGCGAUGCGCGGGCGGCGGGCGACUAUGUCGUGUGGAAGAGUGGCGGGACGAGCACGGGCCGGACGAUCGGCGAGGGAGGGCUUCGAGCGAUGCACGACGGCCUGCGAGUCGCACGAGGACGUGAAGUCGAGCGGGGCGAGCGAGGUGCUGAGGCGCCGGGAGGACUCGCGUGCAGUGGGGAUGCGCGCGGGGGAUCCGAGCUUCGCUGGGAGGCUCUGAGUCGAGCGCGAUUAGGCCGUAUAACAGAGGAGGCCUGCGCGAACGUUGGUUGUCGCGGCACUCAAGGAUCACAGAGCCCGGAGGUGGGCCGUCGAGGCUCAUCUGAGGAACAUAGUAUUGAUGCAGCCUCUUGCGCGACUUCGCUGGUGGGUCUUCGGGUGCAGGCUCGUGCUCGGGAUCAGGGACACGGUCGGUGCUGGUGCGCGAGAUGCGCGUGUAGACGUCGCGCCGGCAUCGUAUGUACGGGAGCCGGCUUGAGGACUUUCGUCCAGACCGGUGGGAACAUACGCAUCUUAGCUAGGGCGAUCCUUAUAAUACUCUGCAAACGAACCGCGAGUAUGAGCAUAGCAGGCUGGCGACCAGA